AUGUCCCAGGCUCCCGUCCGACGAAAAUCUCGGAAGGCUGUGGCGGCAGCGAUGGAAAAGAAUGCGGCUUCGCAAAAGAAGCCAGCGCCGGCUCCGCAUCUUGUCGUGCUCCGAGUCAAGCGCAAGCGCGGAGAUGCCGCGGUGGAGAGCCUCCUGGUAGCCACCACCGACGAAGGGGAAAGAAUCGAGGAGCAAGAAAUGAUGCCGAAUCGCAAGCGGCGUGCAGCCGGAACUAUCUCCAUCGCGGAGACCAUGGCCGUUCUUAGCCUCGACAAGACUGCCGAGUCUCAACGGCAACAACAGCAUUCGCCGUUGCAACAACAGCAGCAACAGCAGCAGCCUGCUGUCAAGAUGCAAUCGCCAAGGAGGUUGGUGUACAAGCGUGUUCGAACGACCGAGCCAGACGGAAGCCGCGACCGAGGCGAGGAGGGGCGGUCCCCUGUCGCUGGCGCGCCUCCCGCGCGUCAGAAGCGUGCGUUGGACGGAGGCGAAGAAGGUGGAGGGGACGGAGGUGAAGGCGGAGGGCGGCUGGACGCUCUGCUGCGAAGUAAAGGCCUCAACACCAACUCUGCCUCUUGUUCGCCGCCACCGCCGACCGCCGCUGUGUUCGACUACCUGGAAGUGAGGCGAGUGAAGGCAAGGGCAGUGGGUAUCGUUCCCAAGAACAGCCCCGCUCCCGUGGACUCGUCGGGGCGAGGCGGGCACAAACAGCACCCCUCUCCGCAGUCGAGUGGACUGGCACCGGAGGGAGCUGCUACGGCUGCUCCAGCCAACCUGCACGUGAUUGACCUUCACGCUGUCGGGCAGGCUGAUGCAAGUGCCAUGAUGGAUACCUUGGUGAUGGGCGAUGCGGGGGCAGCUGGAGGCGCUCAUGUUGCUACUGCGAAGCGCGCAGCGGCACCCAUUCUGACCCCUGUAGAGCGGCAGAUGGACGAGGCUAUUUUCACGGCGUUCCAGACAGGGGACAUGUCGAGCCUCCGCGACAUCCUCACAACCUCCUCCUACCCGUCCCCCGCCGGCGUCAACUACCGCCGUCGACUGGGCGACGCCUCCACCGCCCUCAUGGCCGCCGCCUUUCACGGCGACCUGGGCACUGUCCGGUACCUGCUGUCUAUCGGCGCCAAGGCGACCCUUGUCGACGCCCACGGCAGGAGCGCCGCUCUCUUCGCCGGCAUGCGCGGCCACCGCGAGUGCUUCGCAGAGCUCCAGCGCGUUGCCGAUCAGGAAGAGGAAGAGGCGAGGGUUCGUUCCUCGAAGCGCCGCAGCUCGGGAGGGGGAAGUGGUGGUGGAGGCGGCGGUGGUGGCGACUUCGUGUACGAUCUCUACUUCUACGAACCUCCCGCACAGGCCUCGACGGUGGGACCGCCGGCAGUGGGAGCCCCAGCGCCUGGGGCGGGGGAGGGGGCGGGGACGCCGUCUGGUGCAGUGCCUACCUCUUCCGGAGAGCUUGGCGAAAAGACGACGAUCGACGCGGCAGACGGCGGCGCGCCUCCAGUCGUGCGUCUUUCUGGGAUCGGCCCCGUAGACGAGAACGCGGUCGGGACGAUGGCGGCGGGCGUUGAGCUGGAGUUCGAGCACGACUCCGACUGGAGCGGUCUCGGCGAGGAGGGCGACGAUGGGGAAGACCCCGACUCGAACUCGGAGGGGUACUACGGCAACGAUUACCCCGAGGAUGAGGGAGACGAAGAAGGUGCGGGUAUCUCGCCCUACGUCUACGCCGGCGGGUCGGGGUCCUCUUGCGCGUCAGAGAACGGAAGCAGUAGCAGCGAUGGCAAUGCUGGCUUUGACAGCGAUAGCGACAACGAGCCGCACUAUCGAAGGGUUGUGGAUGUGCAUGAGGAGUUUUCUAGAAACUUUGGUAGUGGUGGUGGUGGUGGUGGCGACGGUGGCGGCGGUGGGCUCGCUGAUGUCGAAGACAACGACGAUUUCGACGACUUGUCCGGUUUAUCCGCAAGGCGGAGUGGGAGUGGCGUGGUGGGUGUGGAUGGCUUCGUAAAGCGGAUGCCCCUGGCAUCGGGACGAGGCGAUGGUAGAGAUGGCGCAACAGGAACAUCAGCGGAAAGCGAGUUCCACGCAGGAUUGGGUGAAGCGGGCGUGUUUGCAUGGGGUCCGAAGCGAUGAGAUACGAUGUGACCGAACAAGUUCAGGAACAGGCAAAGGGUGACAUUUGCUUUUGUGCCUCUAGCAGGAGCGAAACUUGACGGAGCAAUUUCGUUUGUUUUCCUUGUGACGGCCAGUUUUCGUGGGCGGCCAAGUGUAUGUGGUGGUAUGUUUGGUGUAGACGAAAGAAGUGUCGACUGCAAUGUUGAGAAAAGAAAUUGACCCGCAUGUGGCUUGUCGUCGAGCCUGAACACAGGGCGAACGCAAGGUGCUGCCAUAGGAGCGUGCUGUGUUAUUGAUGGAGAAAGCGCUGCGUGUGUCCAUGUGCGCAUAUUUUCGCCGCCAAUUGUAAUUGCUCACGCCGCUACAUUCGUCUCACUGCGACUUGUGUACGGCAAGAGGCUCUCCGUCGUUGCAUCCAUCUGCUAAAUAAUCUACCUUUUCUCUUCAUAACACAUUUGUUUCUCACCCAUUUACGGUUCGGGCUUAUCCCUCUGUCCGAGAAUAUANGGAAUGCGCUCUCAAUCCAAGCGCCUUGAGGUUGUUGUGCAGUGUGGAUUUGGGAAUCCCGAGCGCCGCGGCCAGGCGGCGCUGUGUCGUGCGUUCGUUCAGCGGAAUCUCAAGGAGGCGGGCACGUAGGUUCUCAAUAUCGAUGCCCUUGCAGCCGGAAUGGCCCUUGCGGUCGUUCCCAAUGUACAAACUAGGAUCUCCAGAUUCCUCCCGCUUCUCGUGCUUCUGCCAAAUCCUCUUUAUGGUCUCCCAAUGGCACCCGUACUUCUCCGCGGCUCUGUGGUACGAACCAUGCUGCCGAACCCCGUCUUCGCUGUCGGCGAGAAGGUAGCGUACCACCUCUUCUCUCUCCGAAACGUUGAAAUUCUUGCGUUUGAGCCCCUGGGAGGCACUCCCAGCAGCAGACAUGUCCCGCCAGCAGACGGGAAGGCGUUUGACCGGGGCUCCAAAGUUGGGGUGGUGAAAUCGGGCGUGUUGUGCUGGGGUGCAACACACUUUGUUGAGGUGGUGUGAAAAGAGCAGCGGUUCUGCGCGCUGCGCGCCAGUGCGGCGGAACCAGAAAAAAAAACCGUUCGGAAAAAGAGUUCGGCAGACACGAGUUCUAUUGCUUUUUGUCCAAACCUUGCUUAUAUU